AUGCCAAUUGCACCCAUCAUCCUACGCGGCGUCGCCGCUUUUCUCCAUGUCCUUCAAACCAUCACCUCAACCAAGUCUGCACACCGUGGAGGAGCCGCGCCGCCGCUGCCGCCGACACCACCGCCCAUCAUGAUGAGCAUCGCGCUCAUGAGCGUCGUCGUCGAGGGGCUCUUCAUCGGCUACUUUUUCCUCGAGUACAUCGUGCGCGGCGGCCGGCUGCGGCGGUUCCUCUGGAAGCUGGGCCUGUGGGCGCUCCUGCUGACGCCGGGCGUCGCCAUGCUCACCUUUGACUUUACCUCGCAGGUGCAGGUCGACGUGAGCAUGUCCAUCAUCCUGUCGACGUUUGUGAGCUCGAGCAUCUGGGUCGUCAUGUUCGACCCGGACAUUUCGCGCACCGUGACGCUGGUCCAGUUUGGCACGCUCGCCGCGUCCGUCCUCAUCACCGCCUUCACCAUCCUCGGCGGCCGCGGCGAGGGCAGCUGGGACGAGAAGCUGGCGUUUAUGCUCCGGGUGCCCGGGAUUGUGGGCACCUUCCUUGUCCGCCUGCCGUGGGAUGGGCCGCGCAUCGCCCGGGGCCUCUGCUGGACGCUGAUCUGGCUAUGGGCAUCGCGCAACGACGCGGAUGAGUACUAUCCGCCCGAAAAUCUUCAGUGGCUGAAUCGCACGCUGCAAGUCAACGGCACUGUCUUGGUUCUCGAGCGGACAAGAGGGGCUUUUGCGUGA